UAGUUUUAACAUUAUUUUCGAAUGAAUUGUCAUUAAAAUAUUCUUUUACUUUGAAUCUUUUACAAUCGGCCUGCCUUUUUGGGAGCUCAUUCAUCCACUUUAGAAUAAUUUAUCAAUUUCCCAAUUGCCCAAUUUCUGUUUAAAAAAAUGCAAAAUUCGAAGCGACACCAACAGGUAGAGCAAAUUGAAAUAAUUGAGAGAACUGUGGAGGAGAGCAGUCGCCCAGUUACUUCAUCUGGUCAGUUUCUCAUUCCUUUUUUCCUCUAUUAUAAAUUUUUAAUUUUCCCCAACCAAGAAGCCUUUACACCUGUUUCUUUUAUAAAGAAAUCUACAGAGAACUUUGUCUCUACAGAUUUAAGUGAGAAUAUAAGAACAAGGUCUAAUUUGCCUUGCGAAGAAGAUGUCGAUCGCGAUGCUUCAGUUUUUUAUAGUCCUUCCAUGGGUCCUCAGCCUUCAUUAUUUGUCUCACCUCCAAUUUUCCAAUCAACGCCGGAGAGACCAAUUUCAAUUAAUCAAUUUGGGUAUGAUCUUCACCAAGUGCAAACACAUGCAGGUACAACACAAGUAAUAGAGACACAUGGGGCUGGAAAAUUGUUGCACGAAGAGAGUAUGUCAGGAAGGACAGAUUUUGCUGGAGCAGGUUUAAGUCGAUUAAGUAGUCCAGGUAUACUCAAGCAUCCGCGACAUACUUUGGCUGAAAUUGAAGGUAACCCGUGCAGAAGUCCUUCCUCCGACAGGUUUUACAUUAUUACGAAAAUAUUGUAG